AUGCGCUGUCCGGGGAUUCUCGAUCCUCGCAAUAUUCUUGAUGAUAAUCAACUCCAGCAGCAGCAACGACUGCCUCAGGCACUGAACCGUCGGUCGAUGUCUUCGUUGAGCUAUUCUACUAGUCAGACUCCAGUGGACUUCAGGGCCGAUCGUGCUUCACAGGACAAGUAUUUGGAAGCGGACAUCGAGAGAAUGCUCCUCGUUGAUGGAAUCUUUUGCGUCAGAAUCGUCUGCUGUGAAGGAUUAAUCAUCUGGGCUUCUGGGAGAUGA